CACACUCACUCACUCACACCUCCCCCAGCUCACCUCCUCCACACCCCAGCAUGGCCACGUCCACCAUGUCCGUCUGCUCCAGCGCUUGCUCCGACUCCUGGCAGGCGGACGACUGCCCAGAGAGCUGCUGCCAGCCCCCCUGCUGUGCCCCCAGCUGCUGCACCCCGGCCCCCUGCCUGACCCUGAUCUGUACCCCAAUGAGCUGUGUUUCCAGCCCCUGCUGCCAGGCUGCCUGUGAGCCCAGCCCCUGCCAAUCAGGCUGCACCAGCUCCUGCACACCCUCGUGCUGCCAGCAGUCUAGCUGCCAGCCAGCUUGCUGCGCCUCUUCCUCUUGCCAGCAGGCCUGCUGUGUGCCCAUCUGCUGCAAGUCCGUGUGCUGUGGGCCCACUUGCUGUGAGACUUCGUUAUGCUGUCAGCAGUCUAGCUGCCAGCUGGCUUGCUGCACCUCCUCCCCCUGCCAGCAGGCCUGCUGUGUGCCCGUCUGCUGCAAGUCUGUCUGCUGUGUGCCCACCUGCUGCAAGUCUGUGUGCUGUGUGCCCAUCUGCUCUGGGGCUUCCUCUCUGUGCUGCCAGCAGUCUAGCUGCCAGCCAGCUUGCUGUACCUCCUCCCCGUGCCAGCAGGCCUGCUGUGUGCCUGUCUGCUGCAAGCCCCUCUGCUGCAAGCCCCUCUGCUGCAAGACCGUCUGCUGUGUGCCCGUCUGCUCUGGGGCUUCCUCUUCAUGCUGCCAGCAGUCUAGCUGCCAGCCGGCUUGCUGUACCUCCUCUUGCUGCAGACCCUCCUCCUCCGUGUCCCUGCUCUGCCGCCCCGUGUGCAGGCCUGCCUGCUGCGUGCGCGUCCCCUCCUGCUGUGCCCCCGCCUCCUCCUGCUGUGCCCCUGCCUCCUCCUGCUGUGCCCCCGCCUCCUCCUGCCAGCCCAGCUGCUGCCGCCCGGCCUCCUGCGUGUCCCUCCUCUGCCGCCCCGCGUGCUCCCGCCUGGCCUGCUGAGGCCUCUGCUCAGGCCAGGAGUCCAGCUGCUGCUGGGCACUUCCCCCAGGCCCAACCAGGCUCAGGUCUUGAUCUGGCUUAGGUGGCUGCCCCCACCUGGGGACAGGUCCCCAUGUCUCCCCUGUGCUGAGGUGACCACCCUCCUUGCUCCCAGGAGCCCCAUCCUCGCUGCUCCCCAGCUGCUGCCUCCCAGCACUUACCCACCUGCCUGCUGGGCCCCCGUCCUCCCUCCCAGCUUCUCUGUCCCGGGUCAUUUGGCCUCGACCUGAGCCUGUCAGCACCUCUUCCUGCUCCCAAUAAACUCUCCUUGGU